AUGUGGUUUAAAUGUUUAAUAUUUUUUGUGCUUGGAUGCAAUAGCAUUCAGUCAACGUCGUACGAUCUGAGCGGAAUUGUGUCGGGCAAUCGCAUGGCAGCGGUGCCACUGGGCACGACUCUGGGUGAGGGGGAACUGGACAUCGAGGGUGUCUGCACUGGCCCUGGCAUGACGUGCCAGAACUGCACGCAUGCUGUGACCUGCAUACCUCUGCCUGGUGGCUGGCUUAAGGUACCACUUCAACAUUGUGCUGAUGGUCAAACCUGCAAUGCUCAUCUCAAACAGUGUUCUUCUGAGGCUGUGCCGGAAUGUGAUGCUGUGUCAAAGCAGUAUCGCCAUGUUUGCGAACAGGUGGGGAUAUUUCCAGAUGCAUACGACUGCAGGAAAUUCCAUCUGUGUUCACCCCCAGAUGGAUCACCGGAUGGCAGACCGGCGGAACACAGAACAGCAUUGUGUCCAAGGCAUUAUGGAUACGAUGCAAAAACUGCCCAAUGUUCGAUCCAACUUCAACACGGGCAAUGCAGCCAGAGACCUGUUCCAAAUUGCGUCAAAGUUGGCCAAUUCGGUGUCUUGGAGGGCAGCCCACACCACUACUACGUAUGCAUUUCUAGGCACGGCAGCGUGUACCCUCAAAUAUUUAUCUGCCCGCACGGAUGGCAUUUCUGGGACACCUUUUGCAGACCUGAAGCGGAAGUCAAGAGAGAAAUGGAGUCCAAGACUACCGAAGCUUUAGUAACUUCUACCUCUCCGAUACCUGUCACUUAUAAAGUUAAUUCGUUCUUCUCAACCGAGAAAGCUACAACGUAUGCUGCUGACACGUUUUUGGCUGAUAAAUUCGAUAUGACGAAUUACGAAAGUAUUGACGACCCGUCAACAAAUUCAAAUUACGAGUUCACUAACUCUUUUGAGAAUUCCUUUGAUGCUUGGUAA